ACUCUUGUCUACCCCCUUCCUCUCUCUCUACAACUUAACCAUUGAGCCUCCUUCCUCUCUCUCUCUCUCUCUCUAAAAUUUGUGGCUUUGUCCAGGGACCUGGUCUGUCCUACGUGGUGGAGUUUUUGUUCAUAUAUUGGCUCUCUCUCCCUCUAGGAAUAGAAAGUUUCGUGAGAGCCUGCCUUUCUCACAAUGGAUUUUAUCCUUUUAUUAACAUCCUCAAGGUGCUUUCCACCUCUUGGCAAUGGCGUCCCCCUAUGAACUCCCUCCCUCCCAUUUCCUCCCAUCUUCCUCAAAUUUCCACUCCUUAUUGCUGCAAAAUUAACCCUAGGUCCCAUGUCCACUACAUCCUCUGGUAUGCUGAAUCAACUUAGGCUCACUGGUAGAGAGGAGGAACCCUAUGAUGAGAGUGAAGUUAGGGACAUCCAUGCCUUGAGCCCUACAGCUAGAACUCCAGGCUCUGUGAGAACGAGUAGAGAGACUUGGGACACAGUCAGUGGGCAAUUAUCAUCUGGAUUAAGUGAGGUUUCAAUUGAGAAUUUCACUAGCAUGAGUAGAGAAUUCAAUGCUCUGGUGAUUGCUGGCUCUGACUCUAGAUCAAAUGAAGGUGAGAAUCAGAUCACCAAUUUACCGAGAAUUGGCGAGGAUAGAGAGGAGGUGGACGCUUUGGCGAUCGUUCCCGAUACAGUCCGCAUCGAGCCGCCUCCUCCCAGGCCACAAACUCUGCAGAGGGUGAAGAAAGAGGAGCUGGAGACCAAGAUCAAUGCAUGGCAGACCGCGAAGAUCUCGAAGGUCAACAAUAGGUUCAAGAGAGAGGAAGCCAUCAUCAGUGGUUGGGAGAGUGAAGAGAUCCACAAGGCCAACUCCAAGAUGAAGAAAGUCGAGAGGAAAUUGGAGGAACGGAGAGCCAAGGCAUAUGAGCGAAUGCAGAACGAUAUCGCUCGGGCUCACCGAAAAUCAGAGGAGAAGAGAGCGUCUGCAGAGGCCAAGAGAGGGACCAGGACAACCAAGAUCCUUGAAUUGGCAAACCUCAUGAGAGCUGUGGGCAAGUUUCCUCCCAAAAUCUCAUUCUUCUGAUCAUAUGCUCUCUCUGUCUCUCUCUCCAUGGGUAGGUUUUGUUGGAUGUACAUGAAAGUAAUACGCGGUGUGACGAUGUUUUAAAGAUCAGGUAGGUGGGUGUAUUUCAUUGUCUUCCAUUCAAGGGAGUUCUACCAAACUUUGAAAGACUGGUCAGUACUGGUUUGCUGAGUUAUGUUAAGAAGGAAAAUCCUAAAUAUUUGAAGGAGUCUACAUAAAUGAUUUGUUCGAAACCUUCACUUA